UACACAUCAACUUACACAUCAGUUUUUAAAAAUUACAAAAAGUUUGUUUACAUCGCAAAAAAUUCAUUUAUUUAAUUAAAUACACUAAGAAUCACAUUAAAAAUGGCAAAUGAAAUAUUAGUAGAUGCGUUACCAUACUUUGACGUUGGAUUUGACGAGGCGGGAGUCCGAGAAAUGGCAUUGGCAAUGGUUGAUGAAGAAUGCAGGCGAUAUAAGCCGUCUAAGAACUAUCUUGAGAGCUUGCCACCACUUAAUACAGCAGCAUUUGAGACGGAUCUAAUGAAAAAUGAGUUCCAGCGUCUAGAAAGUGGUGUACGAAUGGAAACAAUGAAUACAAAAAGGUACGAACUUCCAGCACCUCCAACGGGAAAGCUAGGAGAAAUCCAAGCAUGGCAAGAAGCCGUUGACAACUCAUUUGCACAAUUAGAACAUCAAUCUAUAAGAUAUUUAAAUUUAGAACUCUUACAAAAGUAUGGAUGUGAGGCAUGGAAAAUAGCACUUGAAGUUUUAAUCGGUCUUAGUGCUCGUGCACAAAAGGACUUAUCGGAACUAAAGAAAGAAAUUCAAGAGAUAAACUGGAGAAGAAAAUCAAAGCAAAUUGAUACAGGAGAGAAGCUUAAUCGAUUAAAUCAGCAGUGGGCUCAGCUUGUGUCCUGCAACUUUGAAAUAGAACUAGCAAUUGAAACAAUUUUACAGCAAAUUAACAAUUUAUCUCAAGUCAAAGAGGAAGAAGCUGCUGAAGAAAAAUCACCUGAACCAGAGUCAGUAAAUAACGAGAAAGUUGAAACAAAUGGUCACAAAGAACAGAAUGGAAAUGGAAGUGGAAAUUCAGUCGAGAAUGAUCAGGAAGACAAUCAAGAAGACGAAGAAAUGACAUAAGUUAAUAUUCACUGGAUCUUUAUUUUAUAAGGAAUGUUUUUAAGGAAUAAAAUUGAGAGUUCU